CGUAAGUCCAUCUCUUGGCCGCAUACCUGAACGCUCUUGUCCUCCUUUAACCUUUUACUCUUUACGCUCCACCUACCGCACCAUGUGUUCUAUAUCAUGACAAUCCUCGUCCUGCUAAGGACAACCUAAAGCACCGCCCUCUGGGUCGAUCAGUACUUCUAUUGAUCGAUAGCGAGAGAGCAUCUUCCUUCUUGAUCUUGAAUUGAAGCAAUUAUCCUUUAUUAUCCUUCUCCUGGAGACUCAAUAUCCCAUUGACUCGCCCUCCGUCUUAACUACCUACCACUUACCGCCACUAUCCCGCCGAGUCACCUCACCUAUACGACCAACCCAACCUCCCACACCUCCGAGCCACCUUAAUCUCCCUCUCACGCCAUCUCCGACCUACCUCCUGUCUUACCUUAUUAAUAUCCUAAUUCUUCAAGGAAUGGCACAGUUGCGUGGUGGUGAACGGCCAUUUGCCUCAAUACACAACCUACUGAAGAUGCUACUCUCACCUCACCAGUCCAACAAGUCGGCCCCUCAAGAUACCGACAUGGUGGAGGAUAUGGAUGAACCUCCUGAUCACCGUUUUCUGAAUACUUCAAUGAACAACAUGGACGAGGGUGUCGUCUACGUCAAGUCUCCCACCGCCAUGUCGGAUCGCAAAGAAUCACUCCUUACCCGGGCCCUGAAGAACAGCCCCCCUCUCAGUCCCACCGACCACGCUUCGUCCUCGCACGAACACAGUUUCUACCGCUCCUAUACCUACACGAACAUCAGCGGCAUCUCCACCGCAGAGCUGACCAGCGAUGGUGGCCUUACCAGCCCGUCCUUGUCCAACACUCCGAGCCCGCCACUGCCUUCCCACCUGACCAGCAAGCCCUCUUCAAUGGGCGACAAGCGAAAGGCGGAAGCUGUGGAGGGUGGUGAGCAUGCUGUGGAGGCGAAUCUGGGGCGCAAGAGGUGCAUCAGCUUCGCCUGCGGUCGCAAGGCCGAAGAACCAAAGCCCGAGACCCCUAUCGCACAGCGUUCGACAGCCAAGACCAACGACUCCAGCCCCACACCCACGGAACCUAAGCGCAAGACCGUCCUCACGUUUGUCUGCCCGGCACGGGACCCUGAGACGAAGAGGGAACGGUCUCCCCACCGCCCGAAUGCCUUCCGGUGCCGCCCGCGCGGGUCGCCUGCGCCUCUCGCACGCAAGGCUUCCCCGAAGAAAGAGACCCCUCCCGCCAAAGAAGCCGCUCCUGAGAAGCCUGCACCCGAGCGUCGAGGUGUUCCUACUAAGGGCUUGGGCAAGUUCGAGGAGUCCGAGGCCACCCGCUUCCACGAGUUUGCUAGCUCCAUGGAUGAGGACGACGAAUGGGUGACCAAGUCUGGGGAGUAUGAGCAGAAGAUUACGCUAAAUGACUGCAUGAAAAAGGAAUUUGCCAUCCGCAAGCUCGGGGAGGAAGCCGAGGAAGAGGCCCUUGAUGAGGAGGCAGAGGAGGACGCAGACGAUUCCGAGGAUGACUCAACGGUCCACGACUUCUCUUCUGACGACGAUGGAAAUGAGUCAGACAACGAGGCUGGCUUUGCCGACUCGGAUGACGAAAGUGACAAUGGUUCAGACUAUGAGUGGUGGGCUCCGACUAGUACGACGGCUGCUACCAGUCCUCAGGCCCCGGACUUCACUCGGUUCACGUUCAGCCGCCGCAACUCGAACACCUCGCUCGAGUCCGCAAACGAUAGCCACCAGCCACAGAAAUGGUCCCCCGCCUUCUCCGGAAAUACCGGUGGUCGUGUGCCGAUGAAGAUCCCUAAGCUGCGUCCCGGCACCCCUAACCUUCCCGAUAGUACGGAUUUCGUCUGCGGUACAUUUGACGAGGAUCGUCCUCUGGAGGCCGCCUACAAGUCUUGCAUUGAGCAACGCCGUCUGUCAAAGCAAAUCAUCAUCCCCCAGGAUAUCGACCCCAGUUUCCCUACCUCAGAUCCCGAGGACAACGAAGACAUGGACGAAGAGGAUGUUGCCGAGUCUGUUCCAGAAGACGGACCUCGAGGACGGACUGGUCGGGACAGCAGCCGCAAAGCUUCUCCCCGCCAGUCUCCCAAGCGCAUGGUCUCUCCCCCUCCUCCCAAGCGCAUGGUCUCCCCACCUCCGCGUCGUCAUGGUCGUGCAUCUCCCCGCCGUCUACGGUCGCCACCACCCAUGAAGCAGCGGUCUUCAACUCGGGAUCUGGAGACGGUGGAUGAGGUGCCUGCACAGGGACUUAACAUCAGCGAACUGGUGCAGCGUCCUUCCAUGUCCCGCACCAAGUCCCUCCCUCGUACCCCUAACCCAUUCUUCACCAGCCUGGACAAGUCUCACCGGUGGUCUGGCAUUGUUCCAGUGCAGGAGUCGCCAGAGCGCGAUCUAUCACGCACCCGUGAAGUGCACAUGAGAGGCCCCAUCGAUAUUGUUGAGGGUCUGGAGAAGAAGCGUCAGAAACGGAAGGAGAAGUUUUGGCGCACCCAUUGCCGCAAAGCUGCCAAGGAGCAGAUGGAACGGCGACCGAUCCCCGGCAAAGGUGCUGAACGGAUGAAGGAGCUUGGCCUCGAAGUUGCUGAGAGGUGCAGAGCUUAUGGCGUUGGAGAAAGCGCCCAGCUCGUCCUAUCCGUUUAGACCGAUAUUUUGCCUUCGAAUGAGGGGAUUCGAGUCCUUCUUGUACAUACUUUGAUUAUUAUUUUCCCCUUUCAGUCGCCCGCUCGAGCUUACGAUUUCCCGUGUGGAUCG